UUAUUUUUUUUUUGUUAUUAUACUAGUAGUAGUAUGUUUUAUACCAAAUAAUAAUAGAAUAUUAAUAUUAACACUGUAAAGGUAUUUAGUGUGUCCACAUAUGUGUAUAUAUAUUAAAAUAUGUAUAUCUGGUAGGAGUUCAUUUUUAGAAGGACACCAGUAUAUAAAUGGCUUCAGAGCCAACAGACAUAGACUCAAUUUUAGACAACUCCAAUUUUUUCAUAACGUUGAACCACAGUUUUUACAGUUUUCGCUCAAAUUAAGAAUGGUUUCUGCACUGUUGGUGAUAAGAGAAAAUGUUUUAUCAUCUCCAUGCAUACGUUAUAAAGCACCCCAUUCAACAGAUUGCUGUAUGUCACAAACAGUGCCUUAGAGUUGAAGCAGUAGCGUUUUAGACGGUUAUACACACACUUUGCAGACUCGUAGAAGCAGGGCAAUUAUCUUUUUGUAAACACAGAAUUUUUGUGUUCGUGCAGUCAUAAAACAUAAGUGACUGUUGCAACGCUUUGUGUGUGUGUGUGUGUAGGUGCCCCUUACUGCUGUGUUUGUUAGGAACCAUAGCAGAGGGCGGUAGUUAAGCAUGUGCCUGGACUCUGGGGGCAGUGGUUUGGGCUGUAGCCAACAUCACAGAUGGCCAGGAUCUCUCGCUCUCCAUCGUCAUUCUUCUUUUCACUCUUUUUCCCCUCUCAACUUCUCCCACACUUGUUUUUCUCAAACAUGCUUUUUGUAAACCAACAAUCGGCUUCCCAAAAACUAGAGUGUUGCAAUAUCAGUCACGAUUACACAUACAUGCAGCCCAAACACACUUGAAACAACAAAGACCAGGGAAUGAAAAACGCCACUCGAAUUGUGUUUAGUAAUUACAACAUGUGUUUUCAAGAAUCCCAAUAACAUGUUAGAUUAUGCAGUGCUUUCUAGAAUGUUAAGGCAGUUAACGUGUCUCUGAUGUGCCUGUGCUUGUGAUUCACACACUUAUUCAUGUUCUGCAUUACUUUACUGCAUCAAUGACUUAUCAGAAGCUCGACUGCAUGUUUUUGCCAUUUAGGCAGAGCAGCCCGUUCCGAGCGGCAUGUGAAGCAUUGUGAUCCUCCGGUGUCCACCAUAUUUGUUGGCUCUUGCUGAAACCGUUGGCAGCUAGUUUGCGAGUGAAGAGCCAAAGAGACGUGGAGCAAUCUCCUAUGACAGCUCUGAUCAAACCGCUCUGUAUAUUCGCAUGCUAGCUGUGACAAACAAAACAAUCAAACCCUCAUUCGUGUUUACACCAGGAGCUUGUGUAAUAUUCAAACAGCUGUUUUCAAGAGAUGUGAGAGUGAGAAGUCAGGUAGGCUUUGAACCUGAACGAAGAGGCUCGCACCCGUACCUGGGCGUCGAUUUCCGCACAUUACACUCCCGUGCUGAGUCAGCAGGGUCGAUUCCAGCUCGGAGGAUCCGGAGGCUCUUUAGUUUCCAGCGACACCUGCUUUCGUCCCGUCUGCUGCGAGGAGCGCCACACCUCAACCCCCUCCACAUCCUGGACGAGGACUACUGCGGUCAGGCCAAGUGUAUGCUUGAAAAGGUUGGAACCUGGAAUUUUGAUAUAUUCCUCUUCGACAGACUUACAAAUGGAAACAGUCUUGUCUUCUUGACAUUUCAUUUGCUGAACCAGUAUGGCCUCAUUGAGCUCUUCCAGUUAGACAUGGUUAAAGUGCGUCGGUUUCUAGUUCUGGUUCAAGAAGAUUACCACAAUCAGAACCCUUACCAUAAUGCAGUCCAUGCUGCUGAUGUCACCCAGGCCAUGCACUGUUACCUGAGAGAACCCAAGCUCGCUGAGUCCCUCACAUCAUUCGACAUCCUCUUAGGGUUGCUGGCUGCGGUCACACAUGAUCUGGACCACCCUGGAGUCAACCAGCCUUUCCUCAUCAAAACCAACCAUUACCUUGCAGCUUUGUACCGGAAUACCUCGGUUCUGGAAAACCAUCACUGGAGGUCUGCAGUGGGUCUGCUCAGAGAGACCGAACUCUUUUCCCAUCUUCCUGCGGAAGACAGUCUGGGUAUAGAGAGGCAGCUGGGGUCGCUUAUUCUGGCCACAGAUAUCACCCGACAGAAUGAGUACCUGUCCCGCUUCAGGACACAUCUGGAUGAGAACGACUUGUGUUUAGGACACGCUUCUCAUCGACAUUUCGUUCUGCAGAUGGCCCUGAAGUGUGCAGAUAUCUGUAACCCGUGUCGACCGUGGGAACUCAGCAAACAGUGGAGUGAGAAGGUCACAGAGGAGUUCUUCCACCAAGGAGACAUUGAAAAGAAGCAUAAACUUGAAAUAAGUCCACUGUGUGAUAGUGAAGCCAACACCAUAGCCAGUGUUCAAAUCGGUUUCAUGACUUAUGUGGUGGAGCCUCUGUUUGCCGAGUGGGCGCGCUUUUCAGACACGCGGCUCUCUCAGACCAUGCUCGGCCAUUUGGGCCUGAACAAGGCCAGUUGGAGUGCCAUGGAUCCCGAGACAUCGGGGAGCUCCGAGGAGGGGGAAUCCGAACCGGGCCGUCCCACAGAAGAGCCCAGUUCCAGAGCCUUAUCUCAGGGAAGCCAAGAGACAUGACACCCCAGCGCUCGCAGAACACCUCUACUGCCCUCAGCCAAACAUCUUACGUCACCCUUGAGUUGCUCGCCACCCAUCUCCAACCAACCACUGAUGAUUUCUUUUCUUCUUUUUCGUUCGUUCGUCGAUUUAAUUUAUUUAAUUUUAAGCGCUCAUUUACCCUUAAACAUAGAGCAAUACAUAGAUACCUCAUUUGGCUACUGCUGCAAUUUUGGUUUCUUUUAAUUAUUGUGAUAUUUAUUUAAGCUUAUUUGUUUAGUUUUUCUUUUUUCUUUUGGGCGUUACUAAUUCAACUCUGAUGCUUUGAUUAAAGACUGUAAGGGAAUGUGGGGUAGGAAGGAACCCCCUCCGAUGGCUUUAAAGUGCCAUUUUUGAAACAUUGAAUUGUUUUGAAAGUCAUUUGAAACCCCUUGAGUAUUUAAAGGAGAGGUUUUUUACAACCACACCAAGAGACAAUGUGUGUGAAACCGAAUGUGUGCGAGCAUGUUUGUGUGCGAGUGUGUGCCAGUGCUUCUGCAAAUCAAUCUUCCUCCUUGUGUACAAAAAUACAAAUGUGAAGAGCCCAGUCCUUUUGCUGCCUCUGAAGACUGUUUACACAUGUUGUUUCUAACUGAAUCAUGUUCGUUCUGUGAUAAUUGCCUUUUAAGCACAGAUGUGAAGAACCACUUUUUUUUUUUUCUCUCAAAACCUACUGCUGAUGAUCAACAAAAUCUGUCAGACUGCAACCCCAUCGGCAAGACGCAUCAGAUGUCAUACGAAUGCCAUUUGUGCUCCAUUGCAUCUUUCUCUCCCCUGUAUUUCAGACAAUUGAAGGAACGACGCGUGGUGAAAGGUGGCAGAGAUGAACCCUUUUGACCAUGGAAGAAGGAUUAAUGUCACGGGACAUGUAGCUGAACGGACUCUCCAUGGAUUUUGCUCAGGGUUUCACCGACCUGCUUAUUUCGGAGAAACAAGGAAGUAAAGGUGCCUUUUAUAGGUAGCCACCACUCCUCUCUUUCUCUCUCUCCUCUGUAUUUUGUAAAGAAAGAUAAGUCCUUCUCAGAAUGUCUCAAAGCCACUCGUCUCUUCGGAAGACUGCUACACAAUGCCUUAAAACUAUGCACAAAGCUAAGUGACCAAACCAGCUUUCGUUUUCAUUUUAAACUCAUCCCAUCGUCUAUUUAGUGCACUGUCUGACCCUUUACCUUUCUGUUGUGGAGAAACCUUUUUUUUUUAUUUUAAGGAGGAGAAUUGGUUUAAUGAUUUGAUUUUUAACAUUAAACAUUCCAUUAUUCCGUAUUGUUUUGGAUUCUGUACAGAACGGACAGUUGAUUUUUUUUUUUUUUUUGUUCUUCUCUUGAUACUUGGAAAGGGAAGAGGUGCUUUAUUUUAGGUGAUUUGUAUAUUUGUUGUAAGUGCUGUAAGACUGUUGAUUUAAGAAAAAAAAACUGUUUACUGUAAAACUGUAACAGCCAUUUUGGGGAGACGACCUAUGCGUCAAGCCAUUUUGUAAAGGCUUUGCCGUAUAACCUUUUGAUACAUACUUGUUGCAGUUGCAUUUUUGAUGAAUAAAACUUCACAAAAUAUUUCUCUACUGCA